AUGGCAGUAUUUUUGACCUUAGUGGGACUAGACCUCAAGAAGCUAGUGCAUUUGCGAUUUGACCUAAUUCUAUCGCUGUUAGAGACGACAAAAAAAAGAAAAAGGAAAGGAAAAAGAGUGUUUCGAAUGACAGUUAUCUUUAGAUCAGACUGGAAACUUGGCAACAUACCUCUAAAAGAAACCAGGAAGGAGGAUGUAACGAGGCUUACACACCGUGUGCCGCGAGAGUUUAUGCUCUUCAUUCGGUCAAUUGAGGAAAGGGCGCUCACAAGAAAUGACAUUGAUACGUUUGUAGCUAAGAGAACAAGCACGUUUCACGCUAUAGUUUGGACGUACUACGAAACUCGCAGUGAGACAUCGAAGAAGUUCGCUAAAAGGCUUGCAACAGUCUUCCUUGGCAACAACUCGCAGAGUAGUGAUUUUGAAUGGGAUUUCCGUGACCUAGGGCUUAUCUAUCGUCUCAACAAGGACGGCGGAGCCAUGAACUAUGCGUUUACAAACAUACCUCAUCAUGAGCAUAUCCUGAGGCAAGUAAAUCUUGGAGAGGUAGGUGAUGAUUUCAAGUUGACACUGUUGGUCCGGUUUUUGACUUUAACUAAGCCAAUCGUUCUCAGAGCAACAAACCUUUGCGGCAAGGAUCUAAUGGAGAUUAAAAUGGACUUUAAGGAUCAUGGGACAAUCCAACAAGGCAAGACUUCUUUCAGACAUGGCUAUGGACAUGUACUGAGUCAUUGCUAUCCGACUUAUCCUCGCUUUGAUUUCACACUCGACACAAUGUUUAUCCAGGUGUUCGUAAGUGAUUUCCAAGAACACGACAGGAAACAAACUAAGAAGUUCCAGAACGCUUUUGCUAAGAGAGGUUCCGACAACAUAAAUAAAAUCGAAAGUUAUUUGGACGAAGUACUUGGAGGUAAUCAUUCCGCCGUAAUUGACGAUGGACAUUCUGUUGUCAAAAAGGAUGAAGAGACAAUAACUGGAUUUAUAAUAGUUUACAUGUGUGGUUCCUCUGGUGCACCAAACCACACUGGAUUAGUCGACAAGCACAAAGAUCUUCUUCAUGUCAGCUUCGACGAGCUCAAAGAGAAAGUGUUUAGAAACAUCCCAACUUAG